UUGAAAGGAAAUAAUUUGAUUUAAUAUUUUGCUAGCAAAGCACCAUUCUUCCUUCCCUUUAUUGUAUAGAAUAGAGUACAAGGAAGAAAUUGAUUAAACAAGGUUGAAUAAGCUGAUUUGCAAAAAAUGGAGAAGGCAGAUCAAUUGUAAGGUUUGAAUAAGUAAUAAAUGAAAAAGAUUACAUCAUACUUCCCAAAGAAAGGUGUGCUGAAAGUGUUACUGUGGUUCCUACUGCUGCUGGAUUUAUUCAUUUUGACCUUUAGUUCUUCAAGUUUAAAUAUGGCCGACAGCAAUUUAAAUAAUGACACAUCUGCAGCAUUAUCCAAGUCCAAUUUACAGUUCACUUUUAAGCUGCACAAAGAGUUAACAAAGGGUAAUUCCAACAAUCUUUUCUUUUCACCGUUCAGUAUAUCUACUGCCCUUGCUAUGACCUUCCUUGGAGCACGAGAGAAAACUGCAGAACAAAUGGCAGACGCAUUGGGAAUAUCAGAUAUGAAAGAUGAGGUUCAUCAAAAUUUCGAAAAGUAUCUGUCUAUUAUUUUGAAGGAAAAUGAAAAUUUUACUCUACAUACAGCUAACAGACUCUUUCCAAACCAUUUAUCCAAAGUUGAGACUGAUUAUAUAAAUAGUUGUAUAAAACACUACCAAGCUGACAUACUUCCAUUAGAUUUUUCUCAAGGUGAGGUUUCUAGGAAAACUAUCAAUGAAUGGGUCAGUAAGAGAACAAAUAACAAGAUUAAGGAUUUGAUUGGUUCUGGAGUUCUAAAACCAGAUGUUUUCAUGGUUCUUGUAAAUGCAAUAUAUUUCAAAGGUAAUUGGGCUAGCCAGUUUGACAAAAAGAAAACUCGUAAAGACCGCUUCCACAUAAACCUCUCAGAACAAGUAGAAGUUGAUAUGAUGUAUCAAAAGAAGAAAUUUUCCUACACAUAUAAUCCACAGCACCUCUGCAGUGUGUUAGAAUUGCCAUAUAAAGGAGACAGCCUCAGUAUGGUAUUCAUCCUGCCAGAUAUGACUGAUGGUUUGUCUGCCAUUGAAGAAGCCAUGAAUCCUGAUUUGUUCAAUGAACUUCAGAGUACUCUCAGAAAUAAUUCAGAUGUUGAAGUUUUUAUACCAAAAUUUAAGUUGGAAACUCAAUUUGAACUGUCAACAAUUUUGUCCAAAUUGGGAAUGCCAGACGCCUUCAACGAAGCAAAGGCAGAUUUUUCUGGGAUGGAUAAAACAAAGAAUGUUUAUAUUUCUAAAGUCAUACACAAGGCUUUUGUAGAAGUGAAUGAAGAAGGAACAGAAGCAGCUGCAGCAACAGGGGUGGUCAUGAUGACGAGAGCUGCCGUCCGUAGGCUUAUAUUUAAGGCUGACAAACCAUUUUUAUUCUUUAUCAAGGACAAGAGAUCUAAUAUUAUUCUGUUUAGUGGUAGAUACAGUGGUCCAGAAGGUAAUGUUGUGAGAGCCAGAGAAGACCUCUAGAAUUCAAGAUUGAUUUAAUUGUCUUGAAUUCAACUGAUUUAAUUGUCUUGGUAUCACUUAUAUAUAAUAUUUAUUUAUUUGAUUAGAUUAUUACAGUUGAUAUGAUCAUGAUAUUCAGAUAUGUUUUUCAUAAGCAAUUUAAUUCUUUUGUUCUUUUUAUACAUGCUGUGAUAAAUUAUUUAUUAUUGACAUUUUAACCCAAAAAAUGUGAAGUUAGAUUACCUUUAAGAGAUUACUGUAUUCAUUUUUAAUGUUUUUAAAACAUCAACUCAGUGGCUGAUCCCCCUUUUUUUUUUGAAGAUCAAUGCAUUUGAAUGGGGACAUAUGGGUAGACCCCUUCCCCCUUUGAAUAUGGCUGGAUCCACCCUUGCAACUGUAGAUUUUAUUGUUUCAAAACUAUUUUAUCAGCAAAAUGUAAUUAUAGCUAUGAAUUCUGAUAUUGAUGCAAACAAAUAUUGAAAUACAACAAUGUCAUCUUAUUUCAAUGUAUAUUUGAAUUUUAAUAAUUGAGAAAAUGAUAUCUAUUUAAGGUUCCUACAUACAAUGCAGAGCCUGUUCAUAAAAAUUGAGCACUAAUAAUAUGUACAUGAUGUAUAAUUAAAUCCUGUCUAAUGUUUUGAAAUCCUGUAUUAUAAUAUUAUGAAAUCCUGUAUAAGUUAUGAAAUUCUGAAGUACACUGAUCAAUCAAAGCAGGAGUAAUAGGGCAAGAGGCCUUGGACACCCUUAAAUGCAUUAUCAAAUAUGAUUUAAAGUCCGAGACAUUUUUUAGACGUCCCAUUCCAAACAUUGCCUAGUUUGCUUGGUUACAUAUGUUAAUGAUGGUUUAUUCCUUUAGUGUAAUAAUAUUAUUACAGGUAGCAUUGUAAUUUAUAGUUUUUAUUCUUCAAACAAUGUUGGUGACAUAUUCAUAUUAUUGAGUUAUUCAUAUAUAUCUUUUACCAUAUAUAUGUACGUCAUGUACCGUAAUUUUGAAAGAGGGUCGUCGAAGCAAAAAUGAUUUUGUGUUAAUUAUAUGAUUUUUUCAAUAAGCCAAAAAUAGGUUUCAUUGCUUUAAUAAUACUAGUUUCUGAAUUAUAGGGUAUUUUAAAUGCUGAAAUGAAAUAAGCAAAGUUUUUGAAUAAUAUCGAAAAUUAUUGAUAGUCAUGUAUUACCAUUUAUGAACACACAUGCACAAUUAUUAGAAUUAAAGAAAAAAGUAUUGCAACAACUAUAAAUGUUUUUUUUUAUAUAGAUUAGACUUGUUUUUUCCAUUUGAAUGGUUUUACACUAGUAAUUUUGGGGCCCUUUAUAGUUUAUUGUUCGGUGUUAGUCCAGGCUCUGUGUUGAAGGCUGUACAUUGACCCAUAAUGGAUUACUUUUAUAAAUUGUUAUUUGGAUGGAGAGUUGUCUCAUUGGCACUCACACCACAUAUUCCUAUAUUUAUGUUAGUUAACAUUCUACAUAGUUUCACUUGGUUGUGUUUCAGAAGAGAGCAAAAUUAUCAUUUCAAUAAAAGAUGGUAUUCUC